AUGUCCUUCGGAAAUUUCAGCUUCGGCAACAAACCAGCUGCAGCCCCAGCACCCGCCCCGGCAGCAACCUCUCCCUUCUCCUUCGGCAACACAUCCACUCAGCCAGCCGCUCCAUCAAGCUCAUCAGGAGGAGGCCUCUUUGGCAACACAAGCCAAUCGCAGCAGCCACCGCAACAACAGCCAGCUGCGGGAGGGUCGUCGUUGUUUGGAAGUUUUGGUGCGAAGCCUGCUGCCCCUGCUGCAGGGGCUCCAACGGCUGGAGGCUUGUUUGGUAGUCUUGGUGCCGGCCAGCAACAGCAGCAACAGCAACAACAGCCUGCUACCGGGGGGGGUCUCUUUGGGUCUACAACACAACCUCAACAACAACAGCAAUCAGGGGGUCUCUUUGGCUCUACUGCCAACCAGCAACCUCAACAGCAAGCCGGCGGCGGCCUAUUCGGCUCGACCGGUGGUCAGCAAGCAGGCCAGCAAGCGGGUAGCGGUCUGUUUGGGUCUACUGCUCAGAAGCCUACCGGUGGGUCGUUUGGUCCAACCACCCAGCCGGCUCAACAGCCUACCGGCUCUGGCCUGUUUGGAUCCACAUCUCAGCCUGCCCAACAAAUUACAGGUGGUGGUCUCUUUGGAUCUACGACCCAGCCUCAGCAGAACGGUGGGACAGGCCUCUUUGGUUCCAGUAGUCAACCGCCGAAACCUGCAGGCGGUCUCUUCGGCAACCAACCCGGUGGUACAAGUCUGUUUGGUCAAACAACGCAGCCUGCUCAGAAUCAGCAGCAACUCCAGACAUCCACCAAUGGGGCGAGUGGAAGCGGCGGGAUAGAAAAGACUGCCAAAUUCUCGGAUCUGCCCGAAGCGGCCCAAAAGUAUAUCGAACAGCUCGACGCCUCAAUCAAAAACCAAAAGUCUGUUGCUACACUGUUAAAUACUGAACCUUUGGGCCUUGCGAUCUGGCAAACAGGUUUGGAUGUCAAGACCGCUACCGAAGACUACGGCUCAAUCUCCCACACCCUAAAAUCCCUCAAAAACAGCAUUUCUCAACUCCAUGAAAAGAUGAUUGACCAGUCUAGAGACGUCGAGAGGCUGAAGGAGAUCUGGGAUAUAUAUUCUUCUGGUGAUGCGAGGAUGGCGCAGGUGAAGUUAGCUGCUUACAAAGAGUUUCCUCAGGAGUUCUUCAGUAGAGUGGCAGAUCAGAUGGAAGAGAAGGCCGCCCGAUACAAGAAAACUAUCGCCCAACUCAACCGAGCCAUCGUUUCUCUCUCCUCCGAGUCCCAUGCCCCGUCACCCCAAGCUAUUGCUCAGACCAUUAAUAACCAUCAGCAGGCUAUCCUCGCUCUGGCAGGCCAGUUGGAUCAGAUGCAAGUCAGGAUGAAUGGGUUGAAGCAGAAUUUCGCCGCGGAAUGGAGAGAUAAGACUGGAUCCGUCCGAGAUCCGUUUGAGAUGGCUAGAGAGGAGAGAGGUGUCAAGGCAUGA